CUCCGACAGAGCAAAAACGAACCGGGUUUCUCGGUAGUCUGUUCAAUGCGGUUUUCCCUGGUGGCACUGCAUCGACCGCAGCAGAAUCCAACACGGGAUUGAAACUCGUCGAUCACAGUUCGGUAGCGACCAGCGGAACUGUUGGACCUUCUACAUCGACACUAUCUAGCACUUCUGCCGAUCAGGUUGCGAACAGCGAAAUCCAAACCACCGCGAGCGGAACUUCCGUUCCUUCAUCCACAGCGGCGAGCAGUGCCUCGACUGCCGGAGCAUCA